CUCUAACCCAUCUUGCACAUCGCUCGUCGCCAUCGCCAUCGCCAUCAUGACAUCGCGUCCAGUAUUCCCAGAGGCUGGGCCCUCAAACUCGUACCUCCGACCACACCUCGUAGAGCUCAUCCCCCAAGAACAGCUCCGCCUCGUCCUCCACCCCGUGUUCCGCUAUGUCCUGACGUACCUUGCGCAACACUACCCGCGCUACUUUCUGCGUGUGGUCAACCGGCACGAAGAGGCGUUUGCCCUCGUGUUGCUUUUGAUCGAGCGGCAUCACCUGUGGAAGCAUGACGCUUCGCUGUCAGAACACUUCUACGGGCUCCGCUUGACCCCGACGCAUAUCCCGACGCCGCGCCUCGCGUCCAUCCAGGCGGCGACACGGCCGCGCCUGAGCAACCGCCAGCGAUGGGGCAUGCUCCUCGUGCUUGUCGGCCUGCCGUACGUCCGUGCGCGCGCCGACGACGCAUACGACCGCUGGUCGACGCAGAAUGACCCCGAACUGGCACUUGCCGACCAGGGACCGCCAUUGACUACGAUCCAGCAAGCCUUCAUCAAGGUGUACCCUUGGAUCGUGACCGGCUUUGAGACCACGCUGCUCGCGUACGACGUCGCAUACUUGUUCAACAAGACAGACUACUUCCGCCCGUGGCACAAGCUGCUACGAGUCAAGAUCGAGCGGGCGGUCCAGGACGAGGAACCCGCCAGCCAGACAUGGCUCUCCAAGCUCCCACCACUGUUGCCACCGCUUCUCCUGGCGCUCAAGUUUGCGCAGUGGUGGUAUUCGCCCAACUCGCCGCGCUCGCUUCCAACGACGGCGACAACCUCUUCGCUGCAUACGCACGUCCGCCCGCCACGCCCACUUCCCAUUGCGCCAGAGUCUGGCCUGCUCACGCCGCCAUCGACACCGCCACCUGGCGCCGAGACGUCACUAGACAAUCACCCUCAGCAGCAGGCGUACACCAUCGACGUCAAUGGCUUUGGCCUCUGCCCUAUCUGCAAGGGCAAGUGGGCCAACCCCGCCAUCUUGCCCAGCGGCUGGGUUGUAUGCUACCGCUGCGGUUGGGACGCGAUUUCCGGCGAGGGCGAGCAGGGCGAAGCGGGCAAGGGCAGGUGUCCGAUCACGGGGGUGGAGGUGCACCCGAGCGAGCUGCGCCGAGUGUUGGUGUAGGCGAGGGACGAGAGGCGAUAUGGAGGGGGCUCCCAGUGGAGGCAUCAGUAUGGCUAACAUCGGCGCGAAGCUACAAAAAUGCAGGUAAUAUGGGAA